AGCCGUGCCGGGCUCAAGACAUCCCCGUUGAACCGCAUCUGCCCUGACGGUUCGCUUUGGAGGGCAUGCCGGAGGCUUGGAGCCCGAGCUCAUGGAGGUCGCUCCCAAAGCAUCAGAUGGCCGAGUGGGAAGACAAGGUCUUGGCUGACAAGGUCUUGGGCAAGCUAGGGAAGCUCCCUCCCUUGGUGCAGCCAAAGGAGUGCGAACGCCUCAAGGCCCUGAUGGCGGAGGCCGGCCGAGGGGAACGCUUCAUCGUGCAAGGGGGCGACUGUGCCGAGCGGUUUCUGGACUGUGAGGGGGAGCGUUUGGAGACGCAGCUGAAGCUCAUCCUGCAGAUGGGCAUGAUCGUAGAGCACAUCAGCGGCAAGCCGACGCUGAAGAUUUGCCGGAUUGCAGGGCAGUACGGCAAGCCCCGGUCCAAGCCCACGGAGACGGUGGAAGGCUUCGGGGAGAUCAUGAGCUUCAAGGGCGACAACAUCAAUGGCUUCGACCCCAAAAACCGAAAGUGGGACCCGGAGAGGCUGCUGCUAGGCUAUUGGCACUCCGCCGCUGCCCUCAACUUCCUGAGGGGUUACUGCACCAGCGGCGAGCACCUGCCACUGCAGACUGUCGGGGUGGCAGAUUUGAAGAGCUCAGAGCAUUACGAGAGUUACUCAGAGGAUGCCAGGGCCAUUUUUGGCAAGGCCAUUGUGCCUGAGACGGUGGAGUUCUUCACUUCCCACGAGGCCAUGCAACUGGAUUUGGAGGAAGCUCUUACGCGGCCGGUCGGCACCAAGUUCUACAACCUCAGCGCGCACUUGGUGUGGAUCGGGGACCGCACCAGGCAGCUGGACUGCGCCCACAUCGAAUAUUUUAGAGGCAUCACCAAUCCCAUUGGCGUCAAGGUAGGCCCUUCCAUGAAGAACGAUGAGUUGAAGGAGCUGGUGCAAGCCCUGAACCCCAACAAAGAAGAGGGCAGGCUGAUGCUCAUCACCCGCUAUGGCGCCGGCAAGGCGGAGGCCAUGCUCCCGGGCCACAUUCAGGCUGUGAAGGAAAGCGGCAUCCCAGUGACCUGGCAGUGCGACGCCGUGCACGGCAAUGGCAUUGUAGCCAAAAGCAACAAGCUGAAAACCCGCCUUGUCAAUGACAUCAUGACGGAGAUUUUGGAGGUGAUGGCGAUCCACAAGAAGUGUGGCUCAAUUUUGGGCGGCAUCCACCUGGAGGUCUCUGGCUGUGACGUUACGGAGGUGGUUGGAGGCUCUGCAGGGCUCACCGAGGAGAUGCUGACCAAAAACUACGAGACCUACUGCGACCCGCGGAUGAAUUACUCCCAGUCCAUCGAGGUGGCCUUCCGAGUUGCCAACGAGAUGCCCUCCGCAGAGCGUGCGGCGAAGCGGAGCAAGUGAUAGGGCUGUGGGCCAAAGAUGUUCAGAAAGGAGUCUGACUGGCAUCCGGAGACUUGGAUGGAGU